AACAGUCAUAUCAUCACAAGAUCAGAUUCCACCAAACACCAUGUCAUCGGAAACAUCCAACAUCACGUCGGAGAUACCUACUACCGCCACCGUCGACGGUAGCCCUAAUUUCGAUGAUACAGAGCUGACCUUAGGAUUACCAGGUGAAUCUCGCGGAAGAAGUUUAGGAACCAAGCGAAGGUUUUCCGAUAUGAUUGAUCUGAAAUUGGGGGCCAAUGAUCAAUCCGACACCACAUCCUCCGUCGUCAUGAAAUCUCCUCCGUCUAUGGAACAAGUGGUAGGAUGGCCGCCGGUUAGAUCUUACCGAAAGAACAUGACAAAGAGUGAUUGCAAAUAUGUAAAGGUGGCGGUUGACGGAGCACCGUAUUUGAGAAAGGUAGAUCUGGAAUUGUUCACAGGCUAUCAGCAGCUUCUGUGCGCUUUUGAAAACCUGUUCUCCUGCUUCACCGUUCGAAAUGUAUUGAACGAGAGGAAGCUGAUGGAUCCUGUGAACGGUCUGGAAUACGUUCCAACAUAUGAAGAUAAAGAAGGAGAUUGGAUGUUAGUUGGUGAUGUUCCAUGGAAGAUGUUUGUUGAAUCCUGCAAGCGAAUAAGAUUAAUGAAAAGUUCAGAAGCCAUGAAUUAAUUAACAGAUCAGGUCGUGAAUGAUUUACAAUCUAAUUAAGUUCUUCUCGUUUAAUUAGACUACAACAUCAAGAACAACUUCGAAGCAGUGGUUGACUAUUGUUGGAUUAGAGGCAUGAUCAGUAUGGGGAUUAAGACAUGUGUUGGGGUUUCACAGAAACAACCGUUCUAUAAUUUGGGGGUAAAUGAUAUAUCCGUGUACAUCCCAAUCUCUAAUUAAGCCCGUGCAGAGUGAGAUAUACAGGGCUGGUAGUUUGGUUUGAUUUGGUUUGGUUCGGUUUCGUUCGGUUCGGUUCGGUUCGGUUAAGCAUGGGAUAUCGAGUAAGGAAUUGGUGAAAAGAGGACGACAAGUAAUUUGGCGAGUAGGAAAAUGGUUGAAGGAUUAGGAAUAUUUUACAAGUACAUAAAAUCCACAUGCAUGAGGUAAGUACAAAAAAUGCUUGUUGAGGAUUUGGGUGAACACAAACCGCCAAAUUGAAAAAGCGUGCUUUUUUAGGGUUUUGUAAAUUGGAAAAAGCUUUGUUA